UUCUUGUCACAUAGCUUUGAACACAAAACAAAAAGUUUACGUUACAAAUCGCAUAAUAACCGUCCUAAGUUUAUUGAGAGAAUUUUGCAAGUGUGAGAAACAUGGCAUCUCGUCAAAACAACAAGCAAGAGCUUGAUGAAAGAGCAAGGCAAGGAGAGACUGUUGUCCCGGGUGGAACUGGUGGCAAGAGCCUGGAGGCUCAGCAACACCUUGCUGAAGGAAGGAGCAAGGGAGGGCAAACAAGGAAGGAACAGCUGGGUACAGAAGGGUACCAGGAAAUGGGACGCAAAGGAGGGUUGAGCACUGUGGACAAAUCAGGAGAAGAACGUGCUCAAGAGGAAGGCAUUGGCAUCGAUGAGUCCAAGUUCAGGACUGGUAAUAACAAGAACCAGAAUCAGAACGAAGACCAGGAUAAGUGAUAAUGUAACACCCUUCACUAGCAUGUGUAGUGUGUUCUUAUGCUAGCUUAAAUGUGAGUGUCAAGUGUUUUAGGAAGUAGGAAAAGAAUAGGUUAUAAAAAAUAAUGUUUAGGCAAUAGUUAUAUAGGUCAAAGUGUCAUGUCAUGUGUGUCGUGAAAUAAUUAGCUAGCAUGUUUAGGUUGUUUUAGGGUUUCUUUUGCAUGUGUGUUUCUCUUAUGUGUGUAAGUGAUCAGUGAGGCAUGGCUCUAUAGCUAUCCAGAAAUUAGCACAAGCAAGCAUGUGCCUCCAUUUCACUAAUGUGUAUGUAUCUAUGGUGUGACCACGUUCAAUACUAGAAUGUAAUGGUCUCAACUCUUAUGUUAACUUAUCGUGGCACAAACAAUUACGUA